AUGGAGCGUUAUGUGCAAAGUCUUGCAGGAAAACCACUAUUGUCAUCUACGUCUGCUCGAACCACCGUCGCCACUACCCUUGCACCAGAGCAGCUCUCUCGCCGCUAUGUCUCGAAUGGUGGAAGACCGAAUGGCGGAAGACGGUUCGAUAAUCCGUCGAAGGGAGACGAUGCACCUAUGAGCAAAGACAGACUUCUAGCCACCGGGGGGGUUGCAUUACGUCGCAAAGAAUACAAGCUGGAAGUGUCCAUGGGAAAUGUCCUCAAAAAGCAUCCUGAAUAUGCGAAUGAUCCCCUCAAGCUUGCGGAAUACACUCGGAAAGCGUUAAGAGGUGACGACUAUGAAACCGCCUUAGCUGUGGUUCGGGCUGCGAGCAAGAGCCUGCCAUGUACGGUCAGCUGGAAUCAUCUGAUUGAUUGGCAGAUGAGCAAAGGCAGAAUGAACGCAGCUCUGAAGACAUAUAAUGAGAUGAAAAAGCGAGGACAGCAGCCGGAUGCCCAUACGUUUACGAUUAUCAUCAGCGGUUGUACCAACCAUAAAGACCUCCCCGCUGCGUUAGGGAAAGUUCUAGCGAUUUAUACUGCAAUGUCGAAUGAAAAGUCGGUAAUAAAGCCUAAUACUAUACAUCUAAAUGCUAUCAUAAAGAUGUGUGCUAGAGCCAGGGACAUCGAUGCCAUGUUUGGUAUCAUGUCUCAAAUGCCUACGAGAGGCAUAUCAGCACCGAACAAUCUGACAUACACGACCAUGCUCAAUGCUUUACGAGUCAAUGCCACGGCUGAUUCAAAAGACCCAAUGACAUCAGAUCACAACGGGAAGAAUUAUCGAAAGGCGACACUCGAUGCUCGCAAACUAUGGCAAGACGUAAUUGCGAGAUGGCGGAAAGGAGAUAUGUGGAUUGACGAGGAGCUUGUAUGUGCAAUGGGCCGCCUUUUGCUGCUUGGCGACGUGCGAGAUCAGGAUGAUAUCCUAUCUUUGAUUGAGCAGACGAUGAAUAUUCCUCGCCAAGUACCGAAGCUAGGCACAUCUAAUCGGAAGGCGAUAGAUCCGUCCAGUCAGGGGCAAGCAGAAAGGGGAGCAAAAGAAGGAGAGGAAAAGUCAGCGCUCUUAGCCGAGGCUGCCGCUAAGGAGGAGACCGCAGAAAUUGAAAGAGCCAUAAUUCAGGAUCUCAAAACAGCUAAGGCUGUCGUUUCGUCGCCAAAUGCGCCCAUGCCAUCAACGAAGCCUGCCGCAAAGGAAGAGACCGUAGAAACCGAAGAAUCAAUAAUUCAGGCUCUGAAGGCAGCUAGGGCUGUUGACAGCUUCGCGUCCCUGUCACCACCAAAUGCAACCAUGCCGUCAAAAACUGCAUACGCAAAGCCGGGGAGAAACUCUUUGUCUCUUGUUAUGGAUGUUCUUUUGAAGUUGCAAUUGAAGGGACCUGCGUAUGAUUACUGGGACAUAUUUGUCAGGAAAAUCGGUGUAGUUCCUGACUCAGCCAACUAUCAUGGGUACCUACGUAUCCUUAGAACCGCCAGAGCAAGCACCGAAACCGUUGCUCUGCUAGAAAGCAUGAAACCAAGCGAGAUGCGGGCAGCAACGUUUCGUAUCGCCAUGUCUUCUUGCACCCGCGACAAGAAUAACCCAAAUGCAUUCCGCAAUGCCGGCAAGAUCUUAGACAUUAUGACCAACGCACUGCAAGUACCAGACGUCCCCGUCCUAAUAAACUAUCUCCAGGUGUCAACAUCAAACUUAGACCACAUGUCCCAAAGCAAGCUAGACAUGGGAAAGCAGAUUCUCCGCGCUCUAUCACGUUUAGGCCCAUCCUUCAUCAACAUAAAAGCCAUGCUCACCUUCGGCCCUCCCAGCUCAGUUGAAAUGACCAAAUUCGAACAAGAAGAAUAUCGGACGUCCGUCAUAAUGCUCGUCCGAAAAAUGAUAGGCGCCUACGACAUGCUCAUGGAUCAAGGUCUCGUGGAUCGAGACACGUACAGUAAAUACACAGCCGAACGCAGCAAACUCGCUGCGUUUGCACAACGCAGAGAACCCUACAAUAAACCAGUAGGGACUUUUGAGGUUCCGCAGCACUUAUCGAAGUUCAUUGAUCGACACCGCUUGAACAAAGCAAUGGUACGCGCCCAGUCGUCGCCAGAGAAAUGGGAGUCGUUCCUUGCUCGUGUGCAAAAAGACUAUGAGGCGGAGAGUGAUUCAAAGACCAAGGCUGAAGAAUCAAAAUCCACCCAAGAAGCGGAGAGACUUGCAGAGGAAGAACGGCAAUUCGCUGAACUUAUGGUCAAGCAAGACCCUGGCACUCUCUUUCCUUCUCUUGUACGAACGGUGCAUUCUGGUGAAAGAUAG